CCGACGAAGGCUGUGGGAGAGGCCAUGGCGGCUGCGCUACCCGGCCGUCGCUGAUUGGCUAUAUUAACGACGGGAUCCUAGCAGCGACCAAUGGGCAGCGGACACGGCGGAAGGUGAUAGUGUAGCUGAGCUCCGUAAGGCGAAGGCAGGCUGACACUCCAGACACAGGGGAGACACCGGGAGCCGGCGGCAGCAUGGCCAGGAUUCUGCUAGGUGCAGUGAUUUGUUCGCUGUUUGUCGCAGUGCGGUGUAUGUACUCUGCUGGCGAUGACGUGGUGACGUUAACAGCUUCAAAUUUCCAGAGAGAAGUUAUCCAGAGUGACAGCUUAUGGCUGGUGGAGUUCUAUGCUCCCUGGUGCGGCCAUUGUCAGCGACUGACCCCUGACUGGAAAAAAGCUGCAACUGCUUUGAAGGGAAUAGUGAAGGUCGGAGCUAUUGACUGUGAUCAGCACAAGACUGUGGGCGGUGAAUAUGGAAUACGAGGGUUCCCAACAAUCAAGAUAUUCGGAGCAAACAAGAACAAGCCGGAGGAUUAUCAAGGAGCAAGAACAAGUGAAGCCAUUGUUGAUGGUGCAUUAAAUGCCCUCCGGUCUUUAGUGAAGGAUAGGCUUGGCGGAAGAGCAGGAGGAGGAGGCGGUGGCUAUGAUUCAGGAAAACAGCAGAGAAGCGGCGGAAGCAAAAAGGACGUCAUUGAACUGACUGAUGACAACUUCGACAGACAAGUAUUGAACAGCGACACUGUUUGGCUUGUGGAGUUCUUCGCUCCUUGGUGCGGCCACUGUAAGAACUUGGAACCUGAAUGGGCCGCUGCAGCCUCUGAAGUGGCUGAACAAACUAAAGGCAAAGUAAAGCUUGGAGCAGUAGAUGCCACUGUGCACCAAGGACUAGCCAGCCGCUAUGGAAUCAGAGGAUUUCCCACUAUUAAAAUCUUCCAGAAGGGAGAAGAACCUGUGGACUAUGAAGGUGGCAGGACAAAGGCUGAUAUUGUGGCUCGGGCUCUUGACUUGUUCUCUGAGAACGCACCUCCCCCCGAGAUCCUGGAGAUCUUGAAUGGAGACGUUGUGAAGAAGACCUGCGAUGAGCACCAGCUCUGUAUAGUUGCCGUCCUACCUCAUAUCCUAGACACAGGUGCGGCUGGAAGAAAUGCCUAUUUAGAGGUCAUGCUCAAAAUGGCUGACAAGUACAAGAAGAAGAUGUGGGGAUGGCUCUGGACAGAGGCCGGUGCUCAGCUGGAUCUUGAGACCUCACUUGGUAUUGGCGGCUUUGGUUACCCAGCCAUGGCUGCUGUUAAUGCACGGAAGAUGAAGUUCGCACUACUGAAGGGCUCUUUUAGUGAGCAGGGAAUCAAUGAAUUCUUAAGGGAGCUUUCUUUUGGCCGAGGUUCCACUUCGCCAGUUGGUGGUGGCGCUAUUCCCAAGAUUAACACAGUGGAGGCCUGGGAUGGCAAGGACGGAGAGCUUCCGGUUGAGGACGACAUUGAUCUCAGCGAUGUAGAACUCGAUGACAUUGGAAAAGAAGAGCUGUGAAGAGAAGAAGCGCCUACUUCCUUGUUGUAUUGUUACAUCCCUCUUCUUGGAGGAACUUUUUCGGCUGGUGACUCUCUACUCGUCCCGCCUGCUAAGAUGGUGGCAGCAAUGAAUGGUAACCUGACAGAUACAUGUGCACUUGAAGAACGGGAUUUCAAUGAUAACAAUACAGUUCCUCUUGGGAGAACACUGAAAAAAAUUCUAUGAAUUGUUGUAACAGUGAAGAGUUCUCUUGUUUGCUCCUUAGAUUUUUGUUGAAUUUUUUUUCUUUUUUUUUUUUUCUUCUUAUAUAUAUAUUUUGUUUUGUUAUUUUUUUUUUGACGGUGGUUGGGAGGGCAAGUUUUGUAUACUGAAGGAGUUAUCCGUGAAGUCCUGUGCGGCUUUUUAGCCAGUCAAAAAACUGUCCCCAGAAUGUCCUUUUUGCCGACACUGCAAAUAUUAUUUUUAGAGAUGAGCGAAUUUAGAGUAAAUUCGAUUCGUCACGAACUUCUCGGCUCGGCAGUUGAUGACUUAUC